AUGGCUGUUGAAAACAUCAAUUGUAGUGAUAGUAAUAACAACAAUACCGUCCUGUCACUGUCAGCUGAUGAGAUUGAAGAAUUUUCCAGCUUGGAGAGUACUAAGCUUUGUGUGCCACAAGACCCCUUGGAGGAUUUAGACUGGCUCCCUGAUUUUACUGAUGAAAUCAUCUCUCUCGAUGGCUUUUGCCUAACUCCGGAACAUGAAAUUAACUUCUCUUACGUUUCACCAAACUCCUACGAGGUGCCGGAACAGAAGACGACUGAAGAUAUAGACGAUGAUUACAGUGCUUGGGAAAGCAAAAGGCCAAGAUCAGUAUUUGAACAAAGUAUUACUUUCACCAAGAAGAAGCGGAGGAAGCGUGGGGGCAAGCGUGUGUGGGAGACGAGGGACUUUGCAUUAGUAGCUGAUGAUAAAGAAGCGAUUGUUGUUGGUGAAGAGUGGAAUUGUAGAAAUGUGAGGCGAACGUGCAGUCAUUGUCUGAGCGAGAACACUCCACAAUGGAGGAUGGGGCCAUCGGGGCCUAAGACGCUGUGCAACGCUUGUGGGGUGCGAUAUAAAUCGGGGAGGUUAAUGCCUGAGUAUCGACCUGCUGCAAGUCCAACUUUUGAUAUCACGAAACAUUCCAACUUUCAUAAGAAAAUAUUAAAGAGGAAAGGAUUUGAAUAG